AUGAAUACUAUAUUAGUUCUCAAUUUUAUGGAGUAUUUGAAAACUAAGAGUGAUGACCAAGUGAAUCGAACCAUAAUUGUAAUUACACCAACAUAUUUGCGAUUAGCAAGAUUAGCAGACAUGACAAGGUUAUCACAAACACUGAUGCAUAUCAAACACUUGAUAUGGAUUGUUAUAGAAGAUAGCGUGCAUGUUUCGAUACAGGUGAAGCAACUUCUGGAUCGAACUGGCUUACACUGUUUUUACUUUGCUGCAAAACGCCGAAUCGGAUUUCCUAGACGUGGCUGGACGGGGCGAGAAGCUGCAUUGCAGUUUGUUCGGAAGCAUUUUGCAUGGCUAGGUAAAAAUGCAGUGGUAUAUUUUGCUGAUGAUGAUAAUUCUUAUGAUAUUCGACUUUUCAAUGAGUACAUCCGAAAUGUUGACAAAGUUGGUGUAUGGGCAGUUGGUCUGGUAGCAGAUAAUGUUGUUGAAGCACCUAAAGUAAUGAAUAAAAAAGUGGUCGGUUGGCAAACGAGAUAUGCACCUAAACGUCUCUGGGGUCUUGAUAUGGCUGGGUUUGCGAUAAACUUACAGCUUUUCAUUGAUAAUCCCGAUGCUGGAUGGAAGAAAACAUGCACUGAUCCUUCUCCAGAGCCGUGUCUUUUGAAGCAAUUAAAAUUAAGUUGGAGCGAUUUGACACCCUUUGGACUUGAAAACCAUUCACGUGAUGUACUAGUUUGGCAUACUAAAACCAAAUCUAGUGCAAAGAAUGUCGAUAGUUAUGGAUACAACGUUGAAGUACAUGUCCAUAUCUUAUCUUAUUAA